CGCGUUUCCAUAGGCUUUGUGGCUCUCUCUCUCCUCUCUCUCUCUCUCUCUCUCUCUCUCUCUCUCUCUCAUCCUCUUCGCUUCUCCAUCUACUCUCUCUCUAUCGUUGAUCCAUCGCCCAACUGUAAGUCUUUGAUCUCAAUUUGUUUAUCGAUUGAUUUGUUGAUAGAUCUUCGUUGUUUUUAUUUUUUCUGGUUUCGAUUGGAGAUCCCUAAUUUUUGAUUUGCCUGACCGUAUUUUCAAUCAUAUUUUAUUUAUUUAUUAUUGUAGUUUAAUGUUCUUGAUUGUGAUUCAUAUUCAUGUUAUGAUGAGUUAACAUAGAUGCUAUAUCUAGGUUAUUUCUUGCAGCUUUAUUUGAGCUUGAUCGAUAAAAAAUUAGUUGUGGAUUCGUACCUGUUCGGGAGAUUUGGUUUCGCAGAGUUUUUCCGAUUUGAUUUAACUAUUGGUAGAUGUUACUUAGUGAUUUUUCGGUCAUUUUAAUAACUUCUCGUUGAAUCAGUGGUAGAUUUACCAAUGAAUAGGGUUUUAUGGAUUUGAUUUGGGGAAAUAGCUAGCGAGUCUUCGCCUUUCGGUUGUAUCUCUACUUUUUAAUUAUUUUGUUUUUAGCUUUUGUUAUUUCCUUCAAUUUGUGAUAUGGUUUGCGUUGAUGGUUUCUUAAAAAUCUCUAUCAAUGCGUAUGCAAUAUAUGAAGUUGGUUGCUGAAAUAGAAUAAAAUAUUGUUUCCUGUGCUGAAAUUUCAUGGUUCCGACUCGGAGCACCUUUUCGGGAUUAGGUAAGUGUGCCUGAUCUAGGUUUGUUGAUGAAUAAGAGAAACUUUUAUUCUUUCAAAUAUGUGCUUAUAUUUGGAGUAUAACUGUUAUGUGGUUUAUGUUGGUGCCCAUAUCACUUAGCAGCUUGUCUUGUUCGAGAUAGGUAAAAUUGCAAAUUGUUAGCAUGCAUAUUCAUUUAUGCCUGUUAGAAUUGGGGUAGUAUGUUAUUUGCAAUUUUGUUUAUAUUGAGCUGCUUGUGUUUUUUAAGGCAACCAUGAGUGAUGAAGGAGAAAAGACUUGUCCACUUUGUGCUGAAGAGAUGGAUUUGACAGAUCAGCAGCUGAAGCCUUGCAAAUGUGGCUAUGAUAUUUGUGUUUGGUGCUGGCACCACAUCAUAGAUAUGGCUGAGAAGGACGAUACAGAAGGGAGGUGCCCAGCAUGUCGUAACCCUUAUAACAAGGAAAAAAUAGUGGGGACAGCAUCGAAGUGUGAAAGAUUGAUGGUUGAAAUGAAUGUGGAGAAGAAACACAAGUCACAGAAGGGAAAAACUAAAACUUCUGAAGGUAGAAAGCAGCUUACCAGUGUGAGGGUUAUUCAACGGAACCUUGUCUACAUUGUGGGACUGCCUCUGAAUCUAGCAGAUGAAGAUCUUCUGCAGCGGAAAGAAUAUUUUGGUCAGUAUGGGAAGGUACUAAAGGUUUCCAUAUCUCGGACAGCAGCUGGUGCCAUUCAACAUUUUGCAAACAAUACUUGUAGUGUAUAUAUUACUUACUCGAAGGAGGAUGAAGCGGUUCGAAGUAUACAAUCAGUACAUGGGUUUGUCUUGGAGGGUAGACCUUUGAGAGCAUGUUUUGGGACCACAAAGUAUUGUCAUGCAUGGCUGAGGAAUAUGCCUUGCACCAAUCCUGAUUGCUUGUAUUUGCAUGAGUUUGGAUCUCAAGAGGACAGCUUCACGAAAGAUGAAAUAAUAUCAGAAUAUACAAGGGGUAGAGUUCAGCAAGUCACUGGUGCUACAUAUGAUAUGCAACGGCGUUCGGGGAAUAUUUUACCACCUCCAGCAGAUGACUACUCUAAUAACAGCACUUCAUGGGCAAAACCUAUUAGUAAAAGUACUACAAAUGAUUCCACAAUCAGUAUGAAAGGUUCCCCACCAAAUAGUAGUUCUGGGAGAUCGGUAGCUCUUCCUGCAGCAGCCUCAUGGGGAACACGUGCUUCAAAUAGUCAGAGUCUUGCUGCAAAUCUAGUGAGUUCCAAUGGAUCUUCGAAGCAAAAGGUGGACACCUCUACCACACCGUCAUUUUCAACGGCAAUGGUGAGCCCUUCAUCACAUGGCAAUGAGAUGCUGAAGAAGCAUUGCGAAGAAAGCCCAACUGCUGAUGGGAAAGAUAAGCUGGAACAUCCAGAAUGUGCAAAAGAGGUUGUGGGCUCAGACCAGAGAAACAUGGUGUCCGAUAUACCUGCAUCAACCUUAAGCAGCGAUCUUUAUACAGCUUCUCCAACUGAUAAAACUGAAUCUAUUAGUACAGUACCCAACUUCUCAAGAUCAUCAGAGAUUUACAGGCAAUCCUCUGAAGUUGCUCCAUAUAAGGACCUGGAUGUUUCUGAUGAAGGAAGUAUCUACAAUUUAUCCUCUGACAUGUCAUCACUCAGCAUUAGUAGGAACCAUGGAUCACAACCAUGUGAUGCUGAGAAACCAUCAGAAUCUCUGGCAUUAAAUAAAGCAAAGAAGGCUGCCAAUCCUACCAUGGAUAUUUGUGAUACAAGAGAACAGUCUUGUUUAAUGCCUGAUUUGCRGAAUAAAGUGCAAGAAGUUGCAAUUAGUGAAGCUGAAGCAGAUCUGUUAUCUUUUAAUGAUCAGAGGCUCAGGGAUCCAGAAGUUGUUACCCAGACAGGCUAUGUACAGAAUGUUCCUCAGUCAUCUCAUUUGAAUAAUUCUAUGGGUUAUUCUCCUCGGCAGCGGUAUGUCUCAGUUAAUGGUAGUUUAGAUCGACCAUUUGUGAAUCAAAACCUUGAGAAAGGUUCCCUUCCAAAUACCUUUAAUAUGCCAGUAGUCAACGGACACUCUUCCAAUCUAGAUGGUGAUUCUCUGUUUGAAGGCUCAAAUGGGCAUUCUUAUUUUCCUGCUACCGAAGGGAGUAGGAAGCAAAUGGGAAUUUUUGAUAAUACAGCAGAAGUGAAGGGGGAUCAUAAUACUGCCUUAGAUUUAGGAGAAAACAGUAUAAUAUCUAAUAUUCUGUCGAUGGAUUUUGACCCUUGGGAUGAGUCAUUAACUUCACCUCAGAACUUGGCUAAAUUAUUGGGCGACGGUGAUAAACAACAGGGAUCUCAUAGAGUUUCUGGUUCUAGGAAAACACAGAACUGCAAUCAGUCAAGGUUCUCUUUUGCAAGAGAGGAUGAUUGCAUAGAUCAAGGAUCUAAUAUCACACCAACAUUUAGUGAUUUUGGACAUGGUUUCAAUCGUCAGAAUGUCAGCCGUGAUUUUGUCAGUAACACAGAUGUUUAUCAGGGCCAGCUUAGUGAUGCUAAUGGUUUCUCUUCUUUUAGUUUUGAGGAAUCUGAUCGUACUACUAGCAAUCAUACUUAUAUGUCUUCCAAUAAGAUUUCAGUUCACCCGUCUACUUUUGGGCAAUAUGACACAGUUUCAAGAUCCCAAAUUUCUGCUCCUCCUGGAUUUUUGGGUCCUAGCAGAGCGCCACCUCCAGGCUUCACUUCUAAUGAGAGGAUAGAACAGACUUACGACAAUCUAUCUGGGAAUCAUAUGUAUGAGACUUCGUCCUUAAUGAGAAAAAUGCAUCAAACACCAGCUCCUGUAUAUAAUGGUGGCGUUGGUGACCUUGACUUUAUGGAUCCUGCAAUUUUGGCGGUUGGUGGUAGGGUUCCUGGUGGGAUCAGUAGCCCUGGCUUAGACAUGCGAUCGAACUUCCCUUCACAACAUACAUCUUUUGAAAAUGAUAACAGACUUCGACUUUUGGUGCAAAGAUCUUUCUCCCCACAAAACCAGAGAUUUUCUGAGCUAGGAGGAGAUAAUUUUGGCCAGCGAACAGAUGCUUAUGGAGUUCCUUCUCGAUCCCCAUAUCAGCAGCAGGCUAGUUUCCAACAGCCAAGGAGUUCUCUGAUGUCUAACGUCCAUUGGGAUGGUUGGAAUGAAGUUCAGAGUGGAAAUGAUAUUGCAAUGGCAGAGCUUCUCAGAAAUGAGAGACUGGGUUUCAACAAAUAUUAUUCGGGUUACGAAGAUUCAAAGUUCCGGCUACCAAGUUCUGGUGAUCUGUAUAACAGAACAUUUGGAAUUUGAUGUUGGGCCGGUUGGUAAUUCUGAACGAUCGUGGGUUUGCACCACCCAGAAAUGGUAUGAUGGCCGACUCUUGAAUGAUCUUGGCUGGAAGGUUGCAGAUUGAUGAUAGAUUGUAACCUUCUGAAACAGGGCUUCCAGAUAUCUGCAGGCAAAGCAAAGUUUUAUGGAGAUUGAAGACCUUGUUUCAGAAGUGGAAUGAAAGUUGGAGGAUAUUAUAUGAUGUUGUACAUAAAGCAGCAUCAAUUAUCUGGAAAAUAAUCAAUUAUGAGCGUGAAGAGAAAGCAUGGUUGACAGUUGGUGGUAAAGGGGUUUUUUUUUACUCGUUUCAUUCUUUGUUGUGUGAUUAAUGUAACUAUAUUCUCACUCUCUUAACAUAUAUACUUGGCUAAUUUUCAUACAUGAAUUUUCAAGUGAAUACAUAUACGCAUAUACCUUUUAUUUUC